AUGUGUUGCAAUUGUUGUAGCGUUCGGCAACAAAAGAUUUGGGUCUUUGGACUGGCCGGCCUAUUGUUGAUUGUGGGCAUAGUAUUGCUCUCGGGCUGGCCCAGUAUAUUCCGGCAGUGGAUGCGCAUUAUUUUGCCCCUGGCGCCCAAUUCGUUUAUGUAUAACAAUUGGGUGACUACACCGACUCCAAUAUACACUAGUUUCUAUUUGUUCAAUUGGACCAAUCCACACGAUUUAAAUAAUACAAAUGUGAAGCCGAACUUUGACCAAAUUGGACCUUAUACAUUCAGUGAUUACAAGGUUAAAGAGGAUCUGCUGUGGGAACAACCGGAGGUGACGUAUUACGGUCGUCGCACUUUUCACUUUAUGCCGGAGCUGUCAAGGGGUAGAUUAGACGAUGUCAUCAUUACGCCGCCAUUUCCCACACUGACUGCCGCUCGUUAUGCACGCCAAUAUCAUCGUCUGCUCCGUAGGAUUAUAAACUUUGCAGUGAAUCGGGAGGGCGGUGGCACGUUCAUGAAAUACACCGCCGGAGAGUGGAUCUUCGAUGGCAUCUACGACAGACUAAUCGACUUUGCCGGGAAACUACAUUCACCUUUGAUUCCCAUAAAUAGUGAUCACUUUGCUUGGUUCUAUCAAAGGAACAACUCGAAAACCGCCGAGGGUAACUAUACAAUCCAUACGGGACAAGGAGAUCUCAGACAGAUGGGUGAGCUGCAGAUGUGGAAUGGCACCACACACACUGGCUAUUAUCAAGGGGAAUGUGGCAGGGUCAAUGGCAGCACGGGCGAGUUGUGGGCCCAGGAUCGACAGUAUGACGAGACAAUUUCCAUAUUUUUGUCAGACGCAGCACGAUACAUCAAUAUGCAUACUGUGUCGAAUGUCACGAUGCAUGGCAUCGAUGCCUGGCGGUAUGAAACAACAGAACUAAGCUUUGAUAACGGUCAACUGAAUCCAGAUACGAAAUGUUUUUGUGUUACCAAUCACCAAUGCCCAAAGAAUGGUGUGGUCGAUUUUUCGCCAGCUGCAUACCAUGGACCCAUUUACAUGUCACAUCCGCAUUUCCACAUGACAGAUGCAUCGUAUAGGGAGAAUACAACUGGCCUCCGGCCGGAUGCCGCCGAGCAUGGCAUGCAUAUCAUAAUGGAGCCAACGCUCUCCAUACCCAUUAGCCUCAAGGGACAAGUUAUGAUUAGUGUGCUGGUAAGCCGCGACGAGGAAAUUGACUAUCUGAAGGAUGUUGCCUUUGAUCAUUACGCUCCACUCUUUGUGGUGCAAAUGAGAGCUGAGCUGGAUGAUCGUUUACUCAGCUUAGUUAAGCUCGCUUUGAAUGCGGCACAAAUUGGUCAAUUUGUUGGUCUUGGCUUGCUUUUAAUUGGCCUUGCAAUGCUCAUUGGGGGCGUGAUCGUGACCAAGAAACAUCAAUGGCACAAUGAAUCGCAAAUGAAACAAAACGACGAGGUGAACUUACAUCCCUAGAAAAGUACUUCAAGCAACAGAUGAUUAUUAUUUGUCAAGUGACGGUAUUUUGGGUUGAUAAGAAAUUGUUAUUUUUGUUAGUUCUUUGGUAUAUUUUUGGUAUUUGAUUAUCUGAAGUACGUCAUAAAACAGAAAUUCUUUGCCGUGACACAUAACAACACAUACACAAAUUGGCGUGCUGCUGGAUUAUCCAAUUUAGCCCUCAGGUGUUGGGUUACCCAGUUGAGCUCGUCUAGAAUUACACAAAA